AGUUGUGGGUCACGUCCACUUGGAGGUGCGUAAGAAAUGUGUCUCCGUCACUCAUCGUUUUCUCAUCGGUUCAGAGCUCCUAGGCAGAGAACGGAAGAAUUAUCCCAACUGUGUUUAGCGUCAGUGAAUGUGUCAAAUUUGCUUCGGAUCAGAAAUAGGGCUGAUUGAAGGGGAGGAUUCACACUCUGUACAAAUAUUACAUCGAUAUCUUAUGGAGUCACUCAAUUCAUUGGAGUGGAGUAUCACCAGCAUUUAAAUCAAGAAAAAGGAAAUAUUUGUCUGUUGUGUCUGCAUCAACAGGGUUUAAACAUCAGUGAGACUGAAGGGGUCCCACAGUGUUCCAGUGCACUCUGAGCAUUACAUCGUUCACACUGAGGAAAGACUUACCGUGGUUCGGAGUGUUGGCACUGAUCAUCCGGGCUGGAGAGACGCAAGGUCACCCACGCCAUGGACAAACCGUGGAAAUGUGGGGACUGUGGGAAGGGAUUUUUGUCACCCUCUGCCCUAGCGAUUCACCGACGCACUCACACCGGGGAGAGGCCGUUCACCUGCUGCAUGUGCGGCAAUGGGUUCACUCACCUGUCCCACUUGGAGAUCCACCAGCGGGUCCACACCGGGGAGCGGCCGUUCCGCUGCUCCGUGUGCGGCAAGGGCUACACCCAGUCGUCCCACCUGAUCACCCACCAGCAGGUCCACACCGGGGAGAGGCCGUUCCGCUGCUCGGAGUGCGGGAAGGGCUUCACCCAGUCAUCUCACCUGAUCACCCACCAGCGGGUGCACACCGGGGAGCGGCCGUUCCACUGCUCCGAGUGCGGCAAGGGCUUUGUUCAGUCGUCCCACCUGAUCACCCACCAGCGGGUGCACACCGGGGAGAGGCCGUUCUGCUGCUCGGAGUGCGGCAAGGCCUUCGCUCAGCCGUCUCAGCUGCGGCUGCACCAGCGGGUGCACAGCGGGGAGAGGCCAUUCGGCUGCUCCGAGUGCGGCAAGGGCUUCCGCGAGCUGGCCAGCCUGGAGAAGCACCGGGCGGCCCACUCCGGCGAGCGGCGUUUCGCCUGCCCCGCCUGCGGGUUUCAGUUCGCCCGGCCCACCGACCUGGAGCAGCACCGGAUGGCGCACACCGGGGAGCGGCCGUUCACCUGCUCCUCCUGCGGGAAGGCCUUCACCCGCUCGGCCAGCCUCCUGGCCCACCGCCGGGUCCACACCGGGGAGCGGCCCUUCGCCUGCCUGGUCUGCGGGAAGGGCUUCGCCGACGCCUCCACCCUUUGGAAGCACCGGCGCAUCCACACGGGGGAGAGACCGUUCGCCUGCCCCGUGUGCGGGAAAGCCUUCACUCGCUCGUCUCACCUCCGGCGACACCAGCAGGUUCACUCCGAGUAGAGGCCGCUGAGCACGGGAAAGGAAUUUGUUGCUUUAUCCAGCCUGAAGAAAGACCGUCAAGUCCCUACCUGGGAGAGAGACCGAUAGUUCUAAUCAGCACAAGAUGGGUUCGACUGAGUCAUUCAACUUGCGAUGAUUUAAGCACAGGUUGCUGCUCUGACAAUGGCGUUUCUUGCAGUUAUUUUUCUCAACUGGUUCAGACAUGUUAUGAUUUGAUGUGUUUUAAGGUUGUCACGUGUACCGAGAUACAGUGAAAAGUGUUGUUUUGUGUGCUACACAGGCAUAUCGUACCGUACAAAGUCUCAGGGUAGCAGGGCAGAAUAUACAAUGUUACAACUGAAGAGAGAGAGAGAGGUCAGCAUUAACAUUUGAGAGGUUUGCUCAAAAGUCUGAAAACAAUGAGGAAGGAGCUGUCCCUGAGUAUGUUAAUAUGGGGAAGGAGCUGUUCCUGAAUCUGUUAGUGCAGGGAAGGAGCUGUUCCUGAAUCUGUUAGUGCAGGGAAGGAGCUGUUCCUGAAUCGGUUAGUGCGGGGAAGGAGCUGUUCCUGAAUCUGUUAGUCCGGGGAACGAGCUGUUCCUGAAUCUGUUAGUGCAGGGAAGGAGCUGUUCCUGAAUCUGUUAGUGCGGGGAAGGAGCUGUUCCUGAAUCUGUUAGUCCGGGGAAGGAGCUGUUCCUGAAUCGGUUAGUGCGGGGAAGGAGCUGUUCCUGAAUCGCUUAGUGCGGGGAAGGAGCUGUUCCUGAAUCGGUUAGUGCGGGGAAGGAGCUGUUCCUGAAUCGGUUAGUGUGGGGAAGGAGUUGUUCCUGAAUCUGUUAGUGCGGGGAAGGAGCUGUUCCUGAAUCUGUUAGUGUGGGGAAGGAGUUGUUCCUGAAUCUGUUAGUGCGGGGAAGGAGCUGUUCCUGAAUCUGUUAGUGCAGGGAAGGAGCUGUUCCUGAAUCUGUUAGUGCGGGGAAGAAGCUGUUCCUGACUCUGUUAGUGCGGGGAAGGAGCUGGUCCUGAAUCUGUUAGUGCGGGGAAGGAGCUGUUCCUGAAUCUGUUAGUGCGGGGAAGGAGCUGUUCCUGAAUCUGUUAGUGCGGGGAAGGAGCUGUUCCUGAAUCUGUUAGUGCGGGGAAGGAGCUGUUCCUGAAUCUGUUAGUGCGGGGAAGGAGCUGUUCUUGAAUCUGUUAGUCCGGGGAAGGAGCUGUUCCUGAAUCUGUUAGUCCGGGGAAGGAGCUGUUCCUGAAUCAGUUUAGUACGGGGAAGGAGCUGUUCCUGAGUAUGUUGGUACAGGGAAGAGGCUGUUCUUGAAUCUGUUAGCACUGGGAACAAGCUGCUCCAGAAUCUUUUUGUAUGUGUUUUCAAAGUUUUCUAUCUUCUGCCCAAUGGAAGAGAGUAUAACUGGGAAUGGGAAGUAUCUUUGAUUAGAUUGGUUGCUUUCCCAGGGCAACAGGAAGUAUAGAUGCAGUCAAUGGAUGGAAAUCUGGUUUGUGUGACAGGCUGUGUUCACAACUCUCUCUGGAGUGUUUUGCAAGCUUGGGUAAAGCAGUUGCCCUGUGACGCAUUUGUCUGGACCUGGACCCAGAUAUCCUGGCCCAGAGGGAGGAACUUUACUGCUGUUGUCACAAGAGCUUCCCCAGGCAUUAAUUGUAGAUAUUUUCCAAUUAGCUUGUUGAGGGAAAGUUAGUUCACACCUCCCUGUCUCAGAGAUAGGAACAUACCACUGCUCUACUUGUGCCCUCUGGGCAUUAAUUGCAUUGACUGAGAUUAAUAGUAUUCCCCAGUGAUUCAGUGGUUACUUGAUCACAUUGUGUGGAAUAAGUUGAAAAUGUGUUGCUGGUUAAAGCACAGCAGGUUAGGCAGCAUCCAAGGAACAGGAAAUUCGACGUUUCGGGCAUAAGCCCUUCAUCAGGAAUGAGAAGAGUGUGCCAAGCAGGCUAAGAUAAAAGGUAGGGAGGAAGGACUCGGGGGAGGGGCGAUGGAGAUGUGAUAGGUGGAAGGAGGUCAAGGUGAGGGUGAUA